AUGUCGCGUCAAGAUUGGGACACUGAGUCCGGCGGAGGACGUCGAAGCUAUGGAGGAGGUGGCGGUUCGUAUUCGGAUCGAGGCGGACGUGGUGGCGGCGGGGGAUACCGAAACGAUGGCGGCUCGAAUCGAGAUGGAGACGGUGGACGCGGGGGAUACGGAGGCCGAGGAGGAUAUGGUGGCGGUCGAGGGGGCUACAGUGGACGAGGUGGCGAAGGUGGCUUCAGAGGAGGUCGUGGACGAGGAGGCGGUGGAGCUCCGUGGGGCCGGUCAACGCAGAACCAACCUAAUGAGUUGGGAAUGAAGACACACGCCGUUGGAAAAGUGCUUGCAAACGAUCUGGCGAUCUCACUGGACAAGGCUCUAUCCGUCUACAAAUUCCAAGUUUGGGUGACCGCCACGGUUCAAACGAAAGAUGGAGGAACGAAGGAGUUCGAUGCCACGGCAACUUCCAAGAACACUGUUACACUCAACCGCAAAAGAGCUGCAUUGUCGAGUUUGAUGAGGACCCUCUUGAAGAAGGCUUUUGGCACGGACAUUUCGUAUCAAUGCGUUUACGAUUGCGGUGGAAGCAUCUACUCUAUUGAUGACACACUUAAUGGAAAAAGCCAUGUCUUUGAAGUGGUUGAUAUUCCCGAGAAACAUCGCUUGGCCUUUGCGAGGAAGAAUUUGCUGCGAGACGAAGAGGAGAACCAAGUGGAGAACUACAGAGAUGUCGCCGCUUUCUUGGAUGUUCUGACUUCCGCAGUGAUUCUUCGCAAUAACGACUUCCACUACAUCAAGGGUGCCUACUUUCACAAGUCUUCUCGCGAAAACAUGGAAACUGACAUCGGACAAGGAAUCGUGGUGCGCAAAGGAUUUGAGAAGAGCGUCAAGCUUGUGUCGGCCAAAUCAGGAAACCCACAAUACUCGCUGAACUUGGCGGUGAAGACAAAGCCUUUCUACAAGCCAGGAAACUUCCACGAGUUCUUGAUGAUGCGCUCCGGAGCCAGAAACGACCACGAUCUUGCACAGAUGCUCAAGAAGGAAAGCGCCAUAAGGGAUUUAGCAAAAAAUGUGAUUGUGACGACAACACAUCUCGACGCUAAUUUCGACUUUGGGGUUCAUCACGUGCACAAGGAGUCUGCAAAAGAAUGUAUCAUCCCUGGACUCGAUCAAAGCGUUGCCAUGUACUACCAAGAACGCUACAAGUUGACUUUGAGGGCUCCAAGUUUGCCACUUGCCACUGAGAACAAGAAAGGCCAGAGCUCGUACUAUCCACUCGAGCUGCUCGAGGUGAGUCCGAUUCAAAGUGUUCCAGUGGGAAAGCUGAAGGACCAACAGGCCAAAGUCGUCGAGAUGACCCGUCUCAAGCCAGAUGAGCACCAGAGAGAUAUGGAGCAACUUAUUCCACAAAUGGGCCUCGGACAGGGCAAUCUGUAUCUUCAACAAUUUGGUGUCACCGUUGAGCAAAGGCCCGUGGAAGUCGACGCAGUUCAAGUGAUCCGCCCCGCUUUGGUGUUUGGCUCGAAGACUUUUGGACCCGAUCAGGACCAGAGCCCCAAUGAGCUGAAUUGGAAUGGCACUUUCCGCGAGCGCUUCUACAAGCCAGCAAAGAUUGGAAAGACUGCCGUGGUCAUUUAUCGCCAAGCUGUUCGCCAUCCCGACCAACUCAAUGGUCCGCUUCAAAUGCUUGCUGAUGCAGCUCGCAAUCAUGGUCUAGAUGGCACUGAAAAUCUGACGAGGGGUGAAGUUUGCCAUUGGAAUUCGAUGAGCGACGACGAAGCAGCAAGGGCGAUGGGGGAGCUGAAGGCGCGCGGAUUCAAAUUCGUGAUCUUUGUUGGGGCCGUGAAGAACACCGACACGGAGGGACACAGGAUGAUCAAAUACGCGGAACAGAAGGCUGGCGUCGUCACUCAACAUCUCGCUUGUCCCACGCUUGGAAUCAACUCAAGACCGAUGGGUUCGCAAUCAGUGCAGAACAUUCUGCUGAAAAUGAAUCAAAAGCUUGGCGGCAUCAACUACUCGAUCGCGAUCACGCCCAAUAUGCUUCAAAGCGCGCAUAAUUCUGCCGAGAUGAACACCGAGUUCUUCGGAAAGUCUGUGAUGUAUGUCGGAUUGAGCGUUUCGCAUGAUGGACCGCAAUCUAUCUUCGACCAACAAGCUGGCACUGAAAUGAAGACUCCAUCAACUGUUGGAAUGUGCUACAGCACUGAGACGCCAACGGCUUUCCGAGGAAAAUAUUGGUGGCAGCCGGCACGUCAAGUGUUGAUUAGCUCGUUGAAGGAGAAUUUCAUCUCGGCUUUGGAGAACUUCAAGAAAGAGGUCGGCGAGCACCCGAAGAAGAUCAUCAUUUUCCGCGGUGGACUCAGUGAAGGCGAGAUGUACAAGAAUGCCCAGGACGAAAUCGACGGUAAAGACGGAAUCAAGGCGGCAACGAAGGCACUUGGAAUUGACCCGCAGAUCUAUGUCGUUCUCACCAUCGUCCACAGCUCAAUGCGUCUUUUGCGCACUGAUGCAGCGCCUGGUGGACGACCAGUGGACUCGAACUUGCCUGCCGGUACAACCAUUACACAAGGAAUUGUCGAUGCUCGUCCUGGAGUCGUUGAUGCUUUCAUCGUUUCGCAGAAGGGUCAAAUUGGAACUUCUCGUCCAACUCGUCUUUUCUUGGCUUAUCAGACUGAGACGGCGCCUCUUUGGACCAGUGAUCACCUUUCGUGGAUCGGAAAUGCAAUGUCCUAUGCUCAUGGUGUCUCGAUGUGCCCAACUGGAAUACCUGCCCAUCUCUAUGCGGCAAUGAACCUUUCCAAGCGUGGAGGAGAUGUACUUCGCAGCGGUGGAGUUCCGGAUAACGUGUCGAUGACUAGCAGCGGAUCGAACCGUCGAAAAUACCGUCGAAUUCUCGUCUCAUCCCUCGUUUUCUCGAUUUGUCUCUUCGUUUUCUCAGCCCUCACCGCACUUUCCGUUUUCGAUCGACAGCAUAAUAAUAUCGUUUAUCAUUAUGUUCAAAGGCAGGACGACAUUGCUCUGCUUUCAGCCACUUUUUACAAUACGUCGAAAAGCUUCUCCAACAACAGUUUGGUCCUUCUCUUCGUCGCUCAUCAAAUUUUCCACUAUAAACACUCGUCUUUCGAGAUUGAGACUUUUGCAGGAAAUGAAACGACAAGAGCAACGUUAAGGAUAAUGCCUGUGAUCGGCCAGAUGCCAUUCUACUGCAAAUGGGUGCCAUUCAUUGCGAUUGGAGAGCUUGACAUUACCAGCAGUGCCGGCGUUCGGUUGAUCUCCGGGGAAAAGCAGAUUGAGCUAAAUCUCCGUGAACCUUAUCCAGAAAAGCAUCCAGUUGUCGCGUGUUUUUCGCCACUUUUCCUCAAUGAACGAUGGCAAUUGUUGAUACUCACAGCACAGGUUUACUCCCACUACGGAGCUUUCAUGCAUUUCUAUGUGCGCAGUAUGAUCACCGAUCUUUUCGAUGUUCUAAAGUACUACAAACACUCUCGGGUCGUCCCCUGGUCGGGCAUUCAUUUGGGCAAAGAGUCGGCGAGUGGGCCGGGAUUUCGACCGGAUUUCGAAUUGGAAUUUCGAAAUCAAGCCGGCGCCAUGACGGAUUGUCUUCUUAUGUACAAGGAAUCCGCGAGCUACAUAAUUUUCCCAGACACCGACGACAUCAUCAUCCCGCGGUUGGGAAAAAAUUUUGAACAGGAAUUCUCGCAAAUUUUCGCUCUUUUCCCCGAGGCGGCCGUCAUCGCUUACAAUAUGAGUCAAACCGAUAUCCACGCGGAGAUUUCCCCAUCGAAUUACAUGGUGGACGAGGUGUUGACAAGUGUUCGUUUCCGCGGUGAGACACGCUGGGGAAAAGUGGUUGUCCGACCGGAGAGGAUCGAUUCCGUUUGGAUACACAAAUCGUAUGGGAUACGAGACGGAUACGAACAAAUCACUCUCCCGAUCGAGCUCAACUCGGCUCUGCAUUUGCGCUUUUGGAAUUUCAGUGAAACGGGAUCUCUCGAGUCAAAGAUCGACAUUCCGCUGUACGAUCCUCUACUCACCAAGAACUCGAAUCAAACGCCGAAAUAUCGAAGUCCCCAGCGGCCAUUGAUGUCAAACGAUGAUUUGCAAGAGAUUCGAAAAAGUUUUCAGGAAAUGACGCGCACUCUUGGCGAGAUUUAUCUCCGUCUUCCCGAAUUUUCAAUUUAUUACCCGCUAAUCGAGAAAUGCUAUGAUCGGAUAUUCUACAAUGGACAGAGACAUGCCACGUGUAAGGGCCCCGAGAUGUGCGAUCUUCCCUCUUUCCCGGGUGUUCGUUGCGUGAAUGUGAACUCAUCGGUCGAUUCCUUCCGCGGCGAUAACAUUUUCAUCCACCUGCAAAAAAAUUGGUUUUUCGAGCACAGCACAAAUGGGUGCUCGAUU